CACGAUCCAUCGACCGCUUGGGCUUGCCUUGUUACAAUACUCAGUACACAUAACUGAAGCUAUUAUAUUCCUUUCAAGGUUUCGUUGCCAACAAGGUUAUUAGUUUAAUUUGUCAGUACAGACUUAACAGAGUAGGAUCACUGCUGGUAUUUGUUUGCAUGAGUGUGUGUGUGUGUGUGUGUGUGUGUGUGUGUGUGUGUGAGAGAGAGAGAGAGAGAGAGAGAGAGAGAGAGAGAGAGAGAGAGAGAGAGAGAGAGAGAGAGAGAGGACGUAACGUAGAUACACAUGCUCUUUGAGAAUGCCUGCCUCGCCUUCCUCUGCUACGAUGCCUUUCUUGCUGAAGCAGAGUAGGUAGGUUGAACUGAAAGCCAAGAAAGGCGCUCCUCACUCGUCAGGAAGGAAGCAGCAAUGCCACAGCAAGGAGGAGGAAGGUUGGUGGUGGAGGACGUGGUCAUCGUCGGCGGGCUCCUGCUUGUGCAAUGCGUCCUCGCCGGCUACGUCGUGUUCGUGGACCAGCUGAUGAGCCUGGGCGCCCACCCGCUGGCCGUCAUCGCCGUCGCCGGCGCCGCCUUCGCUGCUUUCUUCCUCCCCUUGGCCGUCGCGCUCGAGAGGAAGCGAUGGCCUUCCAAGGUUUCCUGGACUUUGGUGGCGCAGCUUGUGCUCAUCGCUCUUGGAGGGACAACUGUGUUCCAAGAACUGAUGCUGCUGGGGAUAAAGAAGACGACGCCGGCAGUGGCUUCAGCCAUGCCCAACCUCAGCCCUGGCCUCAUCUUCGUCAUCGCCGCUUGCUUCAGGCUGGAGAAGUUCGACAAGGGUUGCAAGUACACGCAGGCCAAGAUGUUUGGGACGCUGGUGUGCCUGGUAGGAGCAAUUGCCAUGAGCCUCCUGCAGCAGACGUCUCCCUCCUCUCCGGCGGCAGCGGGCGGCGGCUGGAUUCUGGGCUGCUCCUACCUGGUCGGCGCGGUCGUCGUCCUGUCUCUCGUCACCGUGCUACAGGCGGCGACGCUGGGAGGCGGCUUCCCCGCGCCGCUGACCAUGUGCUGCGUCACGUCCGCCAUGGGGGCCGCAUUCACCGCCGCCCUGCAGGUGGUCGUCGAGGGCAAGCUGGACAUGGGGUCGCCCAAGAUCGACGCAACGCUCGUCGCAGGGAUCGCCAUACUGGGCGGCGUGCUGAGCGGCGCGUGCAUCGCGUUCCAGACGUGGUGCCUGGGCAAGAAGGGCCCGCUGUUCGUGUCCGUCUUCGGCCCCGUGCAGACCGUCUGCUCCGCCAUCCUCUCCGCCGCGAUCCUCCGCCAGACGCUCAGCCGAGGAAGCCUCGCAGGGAUCCUGCUCAUGUUCACUGGCCUCUACCUUGUGCUCUGGGCAAAGAGGAACGAGUACGAGACUCUCCCACCCCAUCCGCAGCAGCAGCAUGCGCAUGCUGGUGAUCUUGAGAAGGCUCCUCUGCUAUCCUGAUGAGUUCCUGACUGCUGCUGCAUGCUGGGGAAAUUAGUAAACCUUACUAGUUUCUUGUAGCAGUACUUGCCUGGUUGUUUAUUACUAGUAGUAGUAUUUACUAUUUUAGAGUAAAAAGGGCAGCUGCAACAGAUAUAUGUGUGCAUACUUGAGAGAAAAAAAUUUGUACGCUAAAAAAACUCAAGACAUCGCUGAACGCGCGGGCAUUAUUACA